UCAAGCUAACUCCAAAAAGCAGAGUGAGAGAGAGUGAGUGAGUGCUAAAAAGACUUUUAAGUCAUCUCUUUCUUUCUUUCUUUCUUUCUGUCUUUCACAUAUUACUGAGAGAAACUAGAGAGAGGUGGUGAUGGGUAACCACAAGUUUAGAUUAUCAGAUAUGAUGCCCAAUGCCUGGUUUCACAAGCUCAAAGACAUGAGCAAACCCAGAAAAAACCCCAACAGCCCUCAUCCCUCCAAGAAGAAAAAACAACAGCAAAAACCAACAUUUGCUUCAACUGCAAAAUUUACAGAGCCAUCAAAACCAAAGCAGCAGCUACCCCACCAAUGUCUUCCAAGACAGUCUUACUACUUCACAAGGGAGCUUACUAGCGCUGCCCCAGGUCACAGGUUCUGCAGCUCCUCCCCCACAAACCCAAAAGCCUCAGACACCAAUUUCCCUGACCCACCACCCAAAAAACCAUCCAAACAAAAACCCAAGAAGAGAAUUACCAGCUUACCCUCUGAUCCUCACCUUGUCACCUCCUCUGUUUCUGCCGGCUGUGGCUGCCGCGCCCCCAUUGAAUCCGUUUGGACUAAAUCUGAUUCCCCACCAGAGCUCUGGUCUUCUUCAACCUUGGACAGCUCCCCAGAGCCAGAGUCUCAUGAUGAAGACGAUGGUGAGCUUGAGCUUCAUGAGCCUGAAUUCAGGUGUGACCGUGUUCUUGCUACCGAGACUUUUGAUGGGAUGGUUUCAAUGUCGAGUUCAUGCGCUGCUUACCUUGCUGAUUCUGAGGAAAAAGACGUCGUUAUCGACGUGGAUAAGGCAUCUCUGAGUAUGAAAUUAUCUGAUGUGAAACUAUCUGAUAUGGCUGAUAAUGGGUUGUAUUCAUUUUCUGAGCUUGAGCUUGCUCCAAUUAUAACCAAGCCACCGAAAUUCAGUGAAAUGGUGAGAGAUGUGAAGAAGAAGAAAGAGACAAAAGAGCCAAGCAGAUGCAGAAGAAGCUCAGCUAAAUUUCAGGAUAGAAAUGCACACGGGUCUCUGUCUGUCAAGGUUGCGAAGGAAGAGAGCACAAGCACAAAAACCAUCAAAGAACAGAGGACAGCUAGCUCUGUUAGAAGAGUUUCAUCAAAUGCUACUUCUCCAGGAGUUAGGCUUCGGAUGAAUUCACCAAGAAUUGCUAACAGGAAGAUCAACCAGGCCAAUCUCAGCCGUCGGAGUGUGUCAUCAAACUCGAGCUCAAAGCGGAGGAGCCUCUCUGAAAGCUUUGCAAUUGUCAAGUCUUCAUUUGACCCUCAGAGGGAUUUCAGGGAGUCAAUGGUGGAGAUGAUUAUGGAGAACAACAUCAAGGCAUCAAAGGACUUGGAAGAUCUUCUUGCAUGUUAUCUCUCUUUGAACUCAGAUGAAUAUCACGAGCUCAUCAUCAAGGUCUUCAAGCAAAUCUGGUUUGAUCUCACUGACCUCAGGUCCAAGUAAUUGCAAGUUUCCAAGAACUGAACUGUAUAUUAUUAGUCUUUUUCUGGUAUUUAAUAAACUUACUACAUUUUAGUUCAGUCGACUGUUAUAAGUUUCAAUCUUUGAAGAUAACCAGGUUAUCAAAAUGCAGUCUUUAAUUGCAA